AUGGAGAGGACCAAUGAUUCCAUGUUGACAGAAUUUGUCUUAGUUGGUCUUUCUGCCCAUCCAAAGCUCCAGACAGUUUUAUUUUUGCUAGUUUUGUGGAUGUACCUGAUGAUCCUGCUGGGAAAUGGAGUCCUCAUCUCAGUAAGCAUCUAUGAUUCUCACUUGCACACCCCAAUGUAUUUCUUCCUCUGUAAUCUUUCCUUCCUGGACAUUUGCUACACAAGUUCCUCUGUCCCACUAAUUCUGGACAGCUUUUUGACAGGAAGCAAAAGGAUUUCCUUCUCUGCCUGCAUGAUACAAAUGUUUCUCUCCUUUGCCAUGGGGGUCACAGAGUGUGUGCUUCUAGGCAUGAUGGCACUGGACCGCUAUGUGGCUAUCUGCUAUCCACUGAGAUACCCUGUCAUCAUGAACAAAGGUGCCUAUGUGCCCAUGGCAGUUGCAUCCUGGGUUUCUGGGUUUGUGGACUCAGUGGUGCAGACAGCUCUUGCAAUGCAAUUACCGUUCUGUGCUAAUAAUGUCAUUAACCACUUUGUCUGUGAAAUUCUGGCUGUACUAAAACUGGCCUGUGCUGAUAUUUCAAUCAAUGUGAUCAGUAUGGUAGGCUCAACGCUGAUUCUCCUGGUUAUUCCAUUACUGGUAGUUUCCAUCUCUUACAUUUUUAUUAUUGCUACUAUUCUGAGGAUUCCUUCAACUGAAGGAAAACGUAAGGCCUUCUCCACCUGUUCAGCCCACUUGACAGUGGUGAUUAUAUUCUAUGGAACCAUCUUCUUCAUGUACGCAAAGCCCAAGUCUAAAAGCUCUGUUGGUCCAGAUAAUCAAGACAUUGUUGAGGCCCUCAUCUCCCUCUUCUAUGGAGUGAUGAUUCCCAUGCUCAAUCCUCUCAUCUAUAGUCUGAGGAACAGGGAUGUGAAGACCGCUGUGAAGAACAUGCUGGGUAGCAAAAACUUCUCUGAUGGAAUAUGA